AUCUUAAAAUUAAAUAUACUAAUUUUUUUGAUAAGUAACUCAAUAAUGUCAAGAUUUCAGGGUAAAUUUUGUUUUUAAUUCAAACGAGAAGGAAAAUGCUAAAAAGGUGAUGAUUGUGAGUAUUCUCACACUCUCCCAAAUCGAGAUUAAGGUAUUGACACACUGUUUCGAGGACAUCGUUAAAAUAAUAACAAUAAUCAUUAUGAAAGCAAAGGAUAAAGUGAAACAUAAUAAGAUUAAGAGAAAACUAAAAUUUGUAGAUUUCACCUUAAAGGAAAUUGUUAACAUGGAGAUAAUUGCAAAUAUUUGCACACUCAAAAUGAAGAUGGGUAAGCUAAUCAAGAAGCUCCUAAUAAAGAAGAUAGAUUCGGAGAGAGAUCAAUUUAAGAUAAUUAAAGAGGUCAAUAAUAAAAUUAACACAAUGAAGAUAGAGGUUAAGAUGAUGAAUUUAAAGAUAAUGAAAAAACAAAAAUAUGUCGCUAUUACCUUCAAGGAAAUUGUACAAAAGGAGAUGAAUGUAAAUUUCUUCACCAGAAAGAUGACGGUGAAGCUAGACCUAAAAAAGUUUGCUAUAAUUUUCAAAAUACUGGUUUUUGCAAAAUGGGAGAUAGAUGUAAAUUUUCUCAUGAUGAUGCUUCGAAAGUUAAUGCUGAUAACUAGGCUAACUAAAAGGCUGUUAAUGAGAAGGAUAUAGAUAUUUUGAAUAACUAAAUUUUUAAAUUUUCUAUAAUUGAUUUGGGUAAAAGCUGCAAUUUAACUAAUCCAAAAGAUAUUUUUCCUAUUGGGUAGAGGUAGCUAGUUGCUUUCUUUGAAAAUGGUUUUUUGAUUCUUAGAAUGAUAACAAAAAAAACUAAAUAGCUUUUAGAAAUGUAAAAAAAGACAAUAAGCAAAAGGAAAAACAGUUAGGAAAUGGAAGAAGAAGAUAUGAAAACUGGAGCUCAUUUUUCUUAGCAUGGAUUGAUUCUUGAAGUUUUAAAAUAAUUCUAUUAUCCUAUUAAAAAGAUAAUAGCUGAUAAAAUAAUAAUAUCUGCUAAAAGAUGGAUUUUUGUUUCAUUUUAGAACCCAUUAACUCAAUCUUAUGGGUUUUUGGUCUACGAUCUAAAUGACUGCACCAAAAAUAAAGUUACAAAAUGUGCUGCUGUUGAUAUAGCUCAUUCUUAAAGAAUAAAUUCAGCUGAAUUUUGUUUGAAAAGUGAGGUUAUGGCUUAAGUAGAGUAAUAAAAUAAUUUUACUGACUAGUACAAGAAUUUUGGUACUCAAAAUGAUUUGGAGAAUGAAUUAAUUAGAUAGAAAAAUAUGAAACAAGAAUUAAAGAUAUAGAAAAAGUAAGAUCUGAUAAUGAAUUACAUUAUAGGUCUAGAAAAUGAAAUUGACGAUUUAUUUGCUUAAAUUGAUGAAAUAAAUGCUGAUGAUUCUAUAUCUCAAGAUGAACGAGACAAAAAAACCACUUAACUAUAAGAAGAACAGGAGAAGAAGAAGAAAAUAUUAUACAAAUAUUAAGAUAUUUAUGAUUCAUUAACUGAAGAAUAACAUGGAGAUUAAGAUGAAGAUGGUGAUGAUUAAGAAAAAGGAGACAAUAAAGAUGAAGAUGAGCAGGAAUAGGAAGAAUAAAAAAAUGAAGAAAAUUAAGAUUAAUAUGAUUCAUAUAGUAGCUCAAAUGUAUCACAAGACGAUUUUUACAAAAAAGAAUUUUAUGAAGAAGAUGAAGACUUAAUUGAUGAGAUAGAAGAAGAAAGCGUAAAUCCCAUUAAUUUAGAUUCUGAUGAUGAAUAAAAUGAUUAAAAAUCUGAUUUAGCUGACAACUUUUAUUUUAAGUCUUUAAUUAUCGAAAGUGAAUAUGCAACCUCUCUUGACGAGUUAGUUAUAUUUACUUCUUCUAAAGAUGGAAUGGUAAAGGUUUGGAAUAUAACUAAAGUUGGAGAAGAAGCCGAUUGCGGUAAAUAAGAAAGUGAAAAUUAAGAGUAAAAGUAAAGACCUAGACUAAGAGGUACUGUACAUCAAGAUUUACAAGCAAAUUUAACUGCAGCUAAUAAUAAUGGCAAUUUAUAAAGUGAUAAAACUCCUAAAUUAAAUUCUCACUUUGAAUAUUAAGCUAUUAUCAAUGAAGAUCUAUCACUGAAUAUUACAGAAAAUAUUUUGAGUAAGCAAAUAAUUAAAUCCAUCAAAUAAGUUACAAUAAUCGUGAAAUCUAUUCCACCAGAACCAAACAAGCUAAACAGGAUAUUAUUAUUAGGAGGAGAAUAAGGAAAAAUGUAUAGUAUUGGAUUGAAUUUUUCGUUAAGUAAGGUAUCUUAAAUUGGAACAGAGAGCCAAGUAAUAGACGAGUUUUACAUCUCCAAACAAAAUUAAAUAUUUUGUAUCUUAAAUAGCUAUGAAAGUAGUUAAAUAAUCCAAAUAGGCCACGAUUCAAGCUCUUUAGUUGAUGAAGUCAAAUUAAAUAUAGAUUCUUUUCAUGUUAGUUUCGAAGAGGAGUCAAAAAUAAUAAAAUUUUACUAUGGAAACAGCAAUUAGCUAGUUAUGAUUAAAACAAAAGUACCUGAAAAGAAACUAAAACUUUCAGAAGAAGAAAUGCUUGAAAUGGAAUUACAAAAAAUACAAAAUGAAAUAAUUUUAGAAUCUGCUUAAUAAGAUAAGGAAAGAUAAAAUGAUUAAGAUGUUUAAGACAAAGCAGAAGAAUCUAAUAAGGAAAGCUAGUCAAAUAAUGAAAAGGAGAGAAGCGAAAACUAAGAAGAAAAUAAACAGAAAAGUGAUGAAAAUUAAAAGGAAAAAGAAGGGGAAAACUCCAACUCUCAAAUAAAAACAGUUCUUGAUUUUACAUAACCUUACAAAAUUGAUUUCAAGAAUGAUGAGAAGCUGUUUUCAAAAGAGCUUGGUUUCAAAGAAAAAAUCCAUAGAAUUUUAGAAAUAAAAAUAAAAAAUAAGUAAGUGCUUUUUGCCUUAGUAAUGAAUAAAAAUAAAAAUAUUACACAAGAUUGCUAUCUUUUUAACUUCGAAUGCAAAAGUGGUUAACGUAACUCUUAUAGAUCAAGAGGAUAGAAUGAUAGAUCAAGAAUUUAAAAUGAUAGAUCAAAAGGUUAAGAAGAUAGAUCAAGAAGUAGAUCAAAUCUAAAUGUAAAUUAAACAGAGAGAAAUUUUCGUGGUGCCAAUAGAUAGUUUGCUUAAAUUUAAAGAGAAUAGCAAAGUGGUGAGUAAAGAUAGAAUUAGAGGAGAGAUUUUAGAGAUUAAAAAAGAGAUGAUCAUAAAUUUUAGGAUCAUUCUUAAAAUAAAUAAAAUGAAGAAGAUCACUAAGGUUAAUAAAGAUAGCAUUAGUAAAAUGAUCGCUAGUAAGGAUUUAAUAGAUAAAGAAAUUAGAGCAAUAGAAAUAGUCAACAAUAAGGCAGAGAUCAUUUCUAAAGAAGGGAUUAAAGUUAAGGGGAUAGAAACACUAGAGACUAAUAAGGAGGCCAAUAAGGUGGUAGAUUUUAAUCUCGUUUUAAGCCUAGAAACGAAAGUGGAAACCGCCUUAAUGGCUAAGGCUAAGGUAGAAAUGGAAAUUUCUAAAGACCAGGUAAUAGUAGUUUCUAAAACCCUAGAAAUGGUAGAUUUAAUUAAAAUUAAUAAUAAGGAAGAAAUAAUUCAAGAGCAACUCGCUCAGAUUGGAACAGUGAUAAAAUAAAUUAAUGA